UCCUUGGUCCUAACGACUCUCCAACCGCCCACGUUUCUCUUCACUCUACAUAAUUCCCUUCUUCUCCUCCAUCUUCUUCACAUCCCCCCUCUUCUCUCUGUUUCUCUUUCUCAUCAAUGUUCUCUCCACCAAUGUCAGACCACCACCAACUCUCCCACGCGCCGUCGCAUCUCCCUCCUCCUCCUCCGCCGCCAUUCCCCUCCCAUCUCGAACGCAAAUGGAAACCCCAUCUCGAAACACCCCCAAAUUGCCCCCGCUGCGCCUCCCCCAACACCAAAUUCUGUUAUUACAACAACUACAGCCUCUCCCAACCCAGAUACUUCUGUAAAUCCUGCCGCCGCUACUGGACCAAAGGUGGCUCCCUCCGCAACGUCCCCGUCGGUGGUGGCUGCCGCAAGACCCGCCGUACCAAGUCCUCAAGAUCCUCCGCCCUCUCCCGUCCUACAAAACCCGACGCUUCUACCCAAAUCACCGAUUCCUCCUCCAAUGCCUCCGAUAUCGAUCUCGCCGCUGUUUUCGCCCGAUUUUUGAAUAGUCCUCCCAGUAGUGAGCCCCAGACGUUGACCAGCUCGCCGGAAUCUGUUGACCCAUUGGAGAAUUCCGAGAUCUUCUUCGAAGGUCUCUCAGAUUUGCUAUUCGAUGAAGAAAAUCAAGCGCAAGAAGAAAAACAGGGGAUCCCGGGAAAUUACGAGAAUCUUCCAUUUGGGUUAGAAACAGAAUUGGGUAUUGAUGAAGAACUAUGGCCAUCACAUCAAAUACAAGAACAACUUCAAGAAUUGGACUCGUUUUCUUACAAUUACAAUGCGAAUUAUUUGCGGGUCUCGGAUCAGUUCUGUCAAGUGGGGGAUAAUUGGAGCUCAUUCGACUUUGCAGCCGUAAAUAAUGUCGAAUAUUUCUAAAUAUAUCAUUACAUUUAUAUACAUUUUUCAUAUUCUUCUGUGAAAGAGAUAUAUAUAGUCUAUACUAAGAAAUUUCCAUGGUAGAAAUUACAUGGGAUUCGAAACUGUUACAUUGAAAACUAUAUGAUAAAAUAAAAACUUAGUGUAAGAGAAGAGCUAAU